UACUAUCCGGAGACUUUUAAUCCAGCUGAACACAUCGUAUAUAAAAGCUUGUUAGCCAAAGCUCAAUGUCUUCCAACUGGAAAUUGAAUCGCUCUUCAUUCUAUUUACCUCCUUUUCACCUUGAAGCAUCUCCAGCCUGCGUAUAAGAGAUAUUUCCAAUCAUGAGGGACGAGAUCAACAGUACCAGGGACGAGGCUAAGGCGCUCGGAGAGAAGAACAAAGAGCAUUUUGACCAAGUCGCCGCUGAAGUUUUCAAACACCCGUGGAUUCAACGGAUAUGUAACCAGAUUUCCGACGAGUUACGCCAGAACCUGGAUUGGAUUGGCAUUCCUGAGAAGCCUGAUGGCUUCAAGAUGCUAGAUUAUGCCUGCGGUAACGGCGUUGCUUCUCGUGCACUCGCCCCGUAUGUCUCCGUCGUCCGCGGUAUUGACAUCUCAUCCAAGAUGGUUGAGCAAUAUACCUUGCUUGCAGAAGCUACUGGAUUUAACCCAGAGAGAAUGAGAGCCAUACAUGGAGACUUGAUGAAUCCCGAAGCAUCGCCCUCUCCUGAGCUUGACACUCCAGAAUUCAACGACUUUGAUCUCAUUGUCAUGUGCAUGGCUCUCCACCAUGUACAAGACUACGCAGCUAUGAUUCGGAGACUGAGCGAAAAACUCCGUCCUGGUGGUGUACUUCUGAUCAUCGAUCUGGUCGCUUCAUCCGAGAGUGGUUGCCCCGAAGCCCCUAGGUCCAUGGAGUUGUCUAACCAUACCAUGUCAAAAAUGGGUUUUACAGAAAUGGAAAUCAAAAAUGCAUUUGAGAAAGCCGGCUUGAGUGAUUGGUCUUGGAGAUGGUGCUCUGAGAGAUCCCAGGUCCCUGAGGAGAUAGGUGGUGAACAGCAAGGGUUUUUCGCCAGAGGCUGUAAGAGCGUUGGGGCGAGUGAGACCAAGUAGGUCUCAGAGGUUUCAGGUCAGAUGCGAUAGGAAACAAGACUAGAUCCGACGGUAGUCAAAAUGCGUCCAGGUGAUAUGCAUCAAAUUAUACAAAAGCCUUUUAGCCAUCAGACAUGGAGUGUGGAAACCCGUCCAGUGGUAAAUUUCAGUUUUUUGACUAUUUAUUCCUAUGGCCUCCGGGAGCAAGAAACACCAGACUUUAAUGUAAAUAAACUCGGUAAAGGGUAUCCAUAGUCUAUACUAAACUUAUCC